AUGGCAGCAGCUUGUGUGAUUGACGCAACCCGCUCCGCAACCUGCAGAGACACACAAGCGGCAACCCACUUAAAACUAAUCUCCAUCUUAAUAAUCUUCUUUACAAGCAUAAUUGGCAUCUCUUUUCCGGUUCUCUUAGCUCGCUAUUUCCAAGGCAAACCUGUCUACGACAAGGCAACUCUAAUUAUCAAGUGUUUCGCGGCAGGAGUUAUCCUCUCCACUUCAUUAGUCCACGUACUUCCCGACGCUUACAGUGCACUCUCUGAUUGCCAAGUAGCAUCAAAACAUCCUUGGAAAGAUUUCCCUUUCGGGGGUUUAGUUACUUUAAUUGGGGUUUUAUCAGCUCUGUUAGUUGAUUUAACGGCAAGUUCACACGUGGAGCAACAUGGACAUGGGCAAGGCAACCGUGACGGCGAGUACACGGUUGUUGGGACACAGGAGGAAACGGAGGGGAAAAAAGGGAUUGACAAGUCGGUUAAGGUGGAGAUCACGGGAGAGGUGGAUUUAAUUAAGGUAAAGCAGAGGUUGGUGUCGCAGGUUUUGGAGAUUGGGAUUAUUUUUCAUUCGGUGAUAAUUGGGGUUACUAUGGGGAUGUCACAAAAUAAGUGUACCAUUAGACCUCUUGUUGCUGCUCUUGCUUUUCAUCAGAUUUUUGAAGGGAUGGGUCUUGGUGGCUGCAUUGCUCAGGCUGGGUUUAGCUUUGGAACAGUGGCCUACAUGUGUUUUAUGUUUGCAGUGACUACACCAAUGGGGAUAGUGUUAGGGAUGAUCAUAUUUUCAAUGACUGGUUAUGACGACAAUAACCCCAAUGCCUUGAUUAUGGAAGGAUUACUGGGGUCAUUAUCUUCUGGUGUACUUGUAUACAUGGGUCUUGUUGAUCUCAUAGCUGUUGAUUUUUUCCAUAACAAGCUCAUGAGUUCUGCUCCAUGGUUGAAGAAAGCAUCGUACAUGGCGCUAGCUCUUGGAUCUACUUCAAUGUCUAUCCUUGCUCUUUGGGCUUGA